AUGGAAAAUCCAGUGCCCAUCUCGCCACCUGUUUCCGACCAGCCAUCAUCUGAUGGUUCUGGUCCGAACCAUGUGACUGUUUCCAGUGUUCCGAACGGUUCUACUGUCGGCCUUUCUCCCCCGAACGCUCCAAGCACACCUAUCUCUCCGAUGGGUGGGUCCCCGAACGUGCUGCGAACGCGUUCCAGUGACGAUGGUACCGACGAGGUUAUGGAAGGGCCUCCCUCUUCUUCCGGCUCACCUACGACCGCGCUCGCAUCUGACGACGUGUCGAUGAAUCCACGUCUACCACCCGAUGACGCCGGUACCUCGCCGCCGCGCGCGAAGCCUCGUCCAACGAUGGCAGACGUUCUUGCUACGCAAGACAAUAUCCGCCGUGACCCCGCCGAGGAUGAUGCUGCACGCCGUCGCGUGGAGACGCCGAAGCCUCUCGCUAGUGACAUCGAAUGGAUCGAGCAUCAAUAUGCCACUGGAGGUGAUUGGUCGUUCAUCGCGUCUCGAAUCGACCAGGCGAGGCCCUAUGCUCUGCCUCGCGCCAAGUACGACAUGGUGAUUGCUACUGGUCGGACGCUCGCGAAGACUCCGCUCCAGAAGAUCAUGGUGUCACUUUCGGGUAAACACCACGGCAAUGACUCGCUUGAAGAUCUAUACCGUAGCCACGAGAUUGGCCAAAUCUCAAAAAUGCCUGGUGGUGACCUCCGUGUUAAGGUGAAGUCGAGGGAGGCUUGCUUACGACUCGAGCGCACGAAGGUGAACAUCCUCGGUGGUGUUUAUACUUUCAAGGAGUUCGACGUCCUCGGUGGCAAGUACUACAUCGAUAUCUCCAACAUGGACUCGGAUACGGACACCCAACUGAUUCUCCAUCGCCUAUUCCUGCUUGGAUGCAAGCCGGUGUACGACACUUUUCGUGAGGUAAACCUAGCGACUGGUAUCAUGUCUGCCACUUGGCGCGUGUACUUCCUGCUGAGUUCAUGUCCACGUGCGCUGAUCUUGAACGGCAGUGUCUGUGACCAAGUGCUGUUUGACAACAAGCUUCACCCGGCCCAUGGUAAAAACGCCCCGUUCCAGUCGGACCGGAUGCCGUUUGGGUACCGCUCUCACCAUGGUCUCGAUUUGGGAACGCCCUCUAGCGUCUUUCCACCGUCUGUGACGGGUCAUGCCUCGUCACAGCACCAACACCGGACCACCACACAGUCGACGUACGCGCACGCUGUGAAAACCCCUGCUGCUUCAACAACUUUGACGACGACCAAGCAAACCUCACUUCAAAGGGAAGUCGAGGCAGCUAAUAAGCGGGAAGGUCAGCUCCGCCAAGGGGCUCUACAUGGGAAGCCAUCAGCUUCCAAUCAACUCGUCAGACCUCCGUCGACUACCUCUGAUGCUCUGUCCAUCUCAUCAUUUAAGGGAUCGCAUGGCAAGAUUACUCCUCCUGGGAGCCCGAGAGCUCGGACCGCGCCGCAGCUGUUGCUGACCACGGGCGAGGAUGACGGAUUUGUUGCUGCACCCUCGCGCAAAAAACGAGGCCGCACUGCGAUUGACUUCUCCAACAUGUUGGUCAAGCAAUCCACGCUUCCGCUGAAUGGUAUCGCCACCUCCAACUACUUCCAGGUGCUUCAGACUAUGGAAGUCCGGUUUGAAUCGACGGUUUUGACCGAUGACCCGAAACAUGGUGUCCGCCACCAAGUCCUACCUUUGGGAGUGAAGCGUCCUGAUGCGGUGCAGACUUCGACGGAGUCUGCCUUCUUUGUCGAGAAGCAUCACACGAAGAUCAAGAAAUCGGCCAAAGCGUCGUUCGUUCCCGAAGUGGCGGAGGCAAUGCUUAAUGAUGAGAACACAGCGCUUCUUAGCCUUCUUCCGGAUCUCCUGGAUGCGGCGAACCACAAGGUCGAGGGUAUGUGCAAGAUUCUUAAAAACGCCGCGAAUCCAGAUCAUUUCACCAAGAAAGUGAUCGAGUCUCCACUCGCCUUUAACAGUGCCCUGUCGCUGACGAUGGCGGCAGGUGGGGCAGCGAUUGAUGAGAUCGCCCAGUUGCAUGCAAUCAACCGUGUACUGUGUGCGACUAAUCCAGCUGAGGACAACACGUUUAACACGAAAUGGAAGAAGCUGAUGGGUUCAGCUGUCCCUUCCAAGCGUGGUGACAUCUUCAGUCUGUGCGCCAAGUGGUGGACGUCGUCCCCAGAUAUCGAGGAGUUAUCUCGUGCGUCGAAAGCACUGGGCAUGUUCGAGAUUGUGCUUAUGUCCAUCGCCCCCGUCAUCUUUGCAAACGAUCACUGGAUCCAGUACAUCACUGGUCAGCCAGUCGAGUGGAUCCCGGCGCAUCACACGCGUCUUCUACAUCCGAAUGCCCUCCUUCGACUUUUGCGGUCCGAGCUGGGGGUUCACUGCAUGCAGCAAUGGAGAGAAGUACAGUGGCAAGGCCACCUUCUUGACACACUCGAGGUUCUUCAGCAGCUCGACGGUUUCUACCCAGUGGACUCUUCUGUACUGCAGCUUCGAGCUGUUGAUGGAGAAGUCACGAUGAUAGCGGGUGGUUUAGCCACUCGCUGCUAA